AUGCCGUCCCAGUCAAGUCAGAGCCCGAGAGUGUCCUCUGCAGGCAGCGCGGAAUUAGGAGCGCCGGGGGCGCAGCGUCGAACCGUCAUAUCGCGACGACGGAUCAAUCCGUCGAAACUCGAGCAGCUUCUCGACACAAGAUUUGAAGACUACAGUGUAGAGUUACAACAAGACCGACUUGUUGUUAUUGCGACGAGGCGACUUUCGGACAUAGAGAUCAACAAGUGUGCUUGA